AUGAAGAUCAACUUCCCUGCAGACACUACUCUUUAUAAACAUGACUCACUCAAGACUCUAGAUUCUGAUCAACAUCUUCUUCAUGAUACUAUUCUCUAUUAUUAUACUGAGAUUCUUAACAAUAAUGAAGAUGACACUGAUAAAACUUAUCUGAUUAUAAUUUUGUCUACAACUCUUCAAAAUCUUGCAGAGACUCAAGAUCUCUCAAUCUCAAUCAUUUAA